AUGUCUGACUCUGCUUCGAACUCUGCUUCGGAUUCCGCUUCAGACUCGGCCUCUGACAGUGAAGGUCCUCAGUUGCCUUUCCGCAGCAGCCGCAGCGCUGCGAGACGCAGACGCAGAGCCCGUCAGAUGCAAGAACGGCGUCUCUAUGAAGCCGAUCUCCCCGACUAUGAUGAUGAUGAUUCUUAUGAUGACUCUGGAAGCGAGUCUUCUGCGCAGUGGGCUACGACCCUUUACGCUACUCCCGAGCAGCUGAGAAACCUGCCUCCUCUUCCUCUCAAUAACUCGAACUACGUGGCCAACGAUGCUUCUAUUUCUCACCCCGCCAACCCCGUCCCAGACUCUCCUGCCCUUACCGAGUCUGAUUCGGAAGAUUCUGAGAAUGACCUUGACAACGCUGUCUUCGAUGAUUCUGACAUUGAUGAGGCUGCUUCCGACAUCUCUGAGGAUAGUCUCGCCGACGUCGUCCCCGAUCCCAAUGUCCUCGAAGCAAUUGCUCCUGCGGAUUCUGAGCGAAACCCCGUCGUGAUCAAUAGCGCUCGCAUCAUCACUAGAAUGAGAGCCAGAAUUGCGGAGAAUCCUGGCACCGCCAUUCAAGAGCGCCGAAAUGCCAUUGAGACCAUCCGCGAGGUCUUUCCGUUGCGCCUACUGACUUAUGGCGGUGGCCUUUCCACUGCAUUCCAGCCCCUUGGCGUGUGGCAUGAAGGAAUCCUUCUUAGCGACAUCAGGGUCUCAUUGGCACUGGAGCUGGUUCACAACAGUCUGGUCGAGCGGUCUACUAGGCUCAGGGCCCUUCUAGAUCGAGCGCGACAACUCAGCGCCAAGGUCAGUGACGAGGAAUACAUCACUGCCGAGGAGUUCCUCACUGACGAAGAAGACUAG